GUGAGUAGGCAGUAGUGUAUAGUCAAGUCACGAGGCCUUCCAAGUAUCAAAUCACAAUGGCAUUUCCCAGUGUUUUCUUUGUGUAGUCAAAUCAGUAGCACCGUCUCCCAUUUCAUGUCAGCAUAGAUAAAGAAAACAAUCUGAAGGACUUACUUCCAUUUCCCAGUGUUUUGUCCCAUUCUGUGAGAGCGGAGCUUGAGCUUGAAGAAUGGCAAGCUAUGUGCCUGAGGAAGUGGUGGUGAAGAUACUGUCGAGGCUGCCUCCAAAAUCUCUUAUCCGAUUCAAGUGUGUCUCCAAAAGGUGGCAAGCUCUCAUAGGAAACCCUGAUUUCCUCUCCGAAAACCUACUCAACCACUUCAUUGUUACCCAAAACCCCAUUGAUCCUCUCCGUCAUAUCAUCUUCUUUGCCAGAGACAAAUACGACCGCGGAACGCAAAUACACUCUUUCCGCUCUUACGACUCCCUCCACUGCGCGUCUCAAACACCUCUGAAACUCCCACCAGCACCAACAUUUGACAUCGUCGCUUCCUGUAAUGGCAUACUCUGCCUCUGGGCCUAUGUGCCAAGCGACGUUUAUCUCUGGAAUCCCGCAAAGUCAUCAGAACUCAAGGCUCUUCCGGCCGCGUCUUCUCACCGUCGACGUACAGUCGAUGUGGAUCAGGUGGGGUUCGGUUUCGACUCUCGAUCUAACGACUUGAAAGUGGUCAGGCUUCUUCGGGUUGUAGACGAAGAUGGUACUGGAUGGUAUUUAGAAGAAAUAUACAGCCUAAGAUGCGGUUCUUGGAGACAGCUUGAUCCAAGCGGGGACUUUCAAAUAUAUGAGGGUUCGCGGAGCGCAGCAUUGGAUGGGGUUUUUCUAUGGUAUCAAGACGGCGAAUACGAGGAUAAUGAGAUAAUAGUUGCUUUUGACUUCAGUGAUGAGGAGUUCCGAACAAUGCUGUUUCCAGAUGCUCGUUUUUUCCGUGAUUACGGUAGAUGUACGCGGACUGUCACGGAGUUGAAGGGAUCUCUUGCUAUGUUUGUUUUUCCUCACAGGAAGAAAAACAUGUAUUCGGAUGUAUGGGUCAUGCUUGAAUUUGGUGUUAGGGAGUCGUGGACUAGACUUCUUAGCAUUCGAGUCCCAUUGCAUUUGAAAAGUCCAUUGGGGUUUUGGAAGAACGGGCAGUUGUUCAUCGAGAAUAGGAAGGGGCAGCUGGUCUUGUAUGAUCUUUUUGCACAAACAGAGACGAAUCUUCAAUUUGAAGGGUCUCGGGACACGUUUCAAGUUGUAGACUACAAGCUGAGUUCGGUUUUGAUCAAUGGAGGGGAGGAUAAUCCGUGAGCAUCUUUCCCACCUGCAUGGUAAAGAAGGACGCUUUCACUAAAUUGAAGACCUCAUCUGUGCAUGUAGGAUUGACUCAAGCACUCACCCAUCUUUGAAGCAGUUUGUUUUGAUUUCGAAUUAGUUAAUGGCAAUGUCUGAAACAUUUUAGCCAUGAAUAUCUUUCCCUCUAUCUAUCUAUAUAUAAAUGUGUAAAUAAUCCAAACUGUAGGACCUGUUUGUUGUGUAGGAAAUGUCUCUGUAGACACUCGUGUACUCUUUAUAAUUACCUGCUGCUUCAUUUAAAAUUA